GGAGUUCUUCUCCCACUGUCCCCAGAUUCUGUGGGCGGGACUGGAAAUAAGAUUCCAGUGCAGACAUUUUCAUGCUCUGACAAGUGGGUGUAACAAUUCCUGCAAUUGUCUCAGACAGUUUUGUUUCCAAUUACUCAAUGUAGAUAUAUUAACCUCCUCUAAAGCAGAUCAGCAAUGGGGGAUGUAUUAUAUUUGUAACCAGCUUGAAGACAAACUUCUCAAUUAUUGACAGAACCUAAUAAGUGAGCCGGUAUAAACAAGUUCAGGAAGCUGCUGAAAAGUGAUUCUUGAGCAUUAUAUCAUGUGGGUGACAAACCUGGUAGCCCUGGUCUUCCAGGUCACUUCAGCCUCAGCUGCCACCUCUGCAUCAGCAGACAAUGUUCUCAGUAACCAUGCCACCAUCCUGGCUGAUAAUAGUGCCAGCUUGGCAUUCAGCCUUUAUCAAAAUAUGGCAAGGGAGAAAAACACAGAAAACAUCCUGAUUUCUCCUGUAGUAGUUGCCUCUUCUUUAGGUCUAGUGGCUCUAGGGGGAAAGGCCUCCACUGUCUCUCAGGUAAAAACCAUUCUGAAUGCAGCUAAAGUUAAAGAUGAGCAGCUGCACUCCGGUCUGGCUGAGCUCCUGACUGAAGUGAGCGACCCAAAGACCCGAAAUGUCACUUGGAAGAUUAGCAACCACCUGUAUGGACCUAGUUCUAUUAACUUUCUGGAUGAUUUUAUCAAGAGCAGCAAAAAGUACUAUAACUGUGACCAUUCCAAGAUAAACUUCAGCGAUAAGAAGAGUGCUGUGAGCUCCAUCAAUGAAUGGGCAGCUAAGUCUACUGACAGUAAAAUGCCUGAAGUCACCAAGGAUGUAGAAACGACUGAUGGGGUGAUAAUCAUCAAUGCUAUGUUUUUCAAACCUCACUGGGAUGAGCAGUUCCAUCAUCAGCUGGUGGACAACCGUGGGUUCCUGGUAUCCCGUAGCUACACAGUUUCAGUACAGAUGAUGCACCGCACAGGUCUCUUUGACUUCUAUGAUGACAAAAGUAACAAGUUGUCCAUCCUGAGCAUGCCCCUGGCUCAUAAGAAAUCCAGUGUGGUGUUCAUCAUGCCCUACCAUGUUGAACCUCUGGAGAGACUGGAGAAAUUGCUGACCAAGAAGCAGCUGGAUAUCUGGAUGGGCAAGCUGCAGCAGACAGCAGUGGCUGUGUCUCUGCCCAAAGUCAGCAUGGAAGUCAGUCACAACCUGCAGAAACAACUCGGGGAGCUGGGCCUGACAGAGGCUGUGGACAAAUCCAAAGCUGACUUGUCCAGGAUCUCCGGGAGGAAGGAUUUCUACCUGUCCAGUAUGUUCCAUGCCUCUGCCAUGGAAUGGGACACUGAUGGAAAUGAAAUUGAUGCCAGCAUCUUUGGCACAGACAAGCUGAAAAACCCUAAACUGUUCUAUGCUGACCAUCCUUUCACCUUCCUAGUGAAGGACCAGAAGACAAAUGCCAUCCUGUUUAUUGGCAGGGUGGUUAGGCCAAAAGGUGAAAAGAUAAGAGAUGAAUUGUAACCACGUGUUGACCUGAACAAACAUCUGACUGUGUGUGUGAGCAUAGAUUUUCUAUUGCAAUAUGCUUAGAGAAGUGGCAAAUUAAAUGUAUAUUUGACAUUGCACAAGUGCACUUACUGUAUGUCAUAUGCCAGUAGCAUUCCACAGUAUAUGAGAUGCAUUUAACCAUUUUGUCCUGUGUUUUAGGGAGCUUUUUUUAUUACCUAUUGGCAGACCAUUUCACACUGAAAACUUAUAUUAGAUAUGAUUUCACUGAUUUUAACCUGCAAAGUAAACAGACACUUUAAUGGAGGAGGAAAACCCUUGUGAUACAUUAUCAUCAGCAUGUGCCAACAUGAAAGGUGUACAACAGUAUUACUUUUGGAGAGAUUAAAUAUCUAUUAUUUUGUCCAUUUUUUGCACUCCUUUCCAUGGCACAGAUAUUUUUCUUUAAGAGGCCAUACCAUUGUUUUUCUUGGUAGUGAUCUACCCUGAAUGCACUGAUCCACCAACUGCUCCGUUCAGGCCAUGAUACAGCGCAAAACAGUAUCACAGUCCAGGGCAUGUUCCAGCAUGCUGGGCCACUGAUCCUGCAUAGGACUGCAGGGCAUAUCAUAGCCAAAGUAAUCCUGUUCCAAUGGUUCCAAGCAUAAAAACUAUAGGCUGCCUCACCAAACGUUUUUGUCCUGCACUUUGGAACAACUAAAACACUCAGUUUCAGAGGAUCUGCAAUCUUCUGAUAUUUGAGGAUUUGAAGUCAUCCUG